CUUUCAAAGAAAACCGAAAUUUAUGGUUUUGUGAAAAAAUUCUGUAAAUUGAUUUUACUUACCGAUCUCCUAUUAUAUAUUCUUCAUUUAUUAUUCUUUGUAUUUUGGGUUCCCUAUAAUAUAAUCACUCUUUAUCCAAUUAUGUUUCUUUAGAAUUUAAGGAAAAUGAGUUACAAUCACACCCAUAAUCGUAAUGAAAUUUGUUAUGUCCAUGCUGUUAAUCCUUCUCAACUUUGGGGAUUGCAUGUUUACCCUCUUGCAAAACCGGUCCCACAACUUGUUUUACAAUUUGUUCUUUCCAUAGGAAUCAAUUAUGGCCUUCAUCAAUUAUGUCAACGUUUUGGUCAACCUCGAUUUGUGGCAAAUAUCAUGACAGCCUUCAUAUUUAGUCCAUCACUAUUGAGUAGAAUAACACCAUGGCUGAAAGAAUUAUUAAUGCCUUCAACAUCAUUCACAAUCCUAAAGACGGUAGCAAACUUGGGGCUUCUAUAUGCAACAUUUAUACAAUCUCUACAAGCAUAUCCAACUCCAAUUUCACAUUGCAGAACAAAGAUGUUAUACCUCUCUUUUUUUGUGAUCGUCUUACCUUUUACCAUCGGAUGUGGUUUAUAUCUAUGGAUAAUUAAGAAAGAGGCUAAAAUAUCUUAUACUCCAGUUAUAGUAAGCCUAUAUUGGGGUACUAUUGUAACAUCCACUGGUUUUGAAACCUUAACACCGAUUUUAACUAAGUUUAAGCUAUUAUGCACUCGUCUUGGACAAGAAGCAUUAUUUGUAGGGUUGUUGAAUAACUUUUGUACUUGGGGUCUCAUCAAUAUCACCUUAUCCAUUUCAACCUUUUUGGAUAACAAUAAUCAAUUUAAGAGUGUCGAUGUAGGAGGUACGACUGUUGUGUUACUCUUCAUGAUCCUUUACACGGUGUUGUGUUGUUUUGCGAUCAAACCUGUUAUUUUCAAGAUUGCGACUGAUGUGCCUGAAGGUGAAAACUAUAGCAGUUUUGUAGUGCAUAUGAUAUUGUUUUUGGUGUUAGGAUGUGGGAUUUUUACAGACUACAUUGGUUCUCAUUUCAUCUUUGGUGCUUAUAUAAUUGGAAGGAUUAUUCCCCCUGGUAUUCUUGCUAAUACAAUUAUUGAAAAGAUGGAAGAAUGUGUUGAUGGUAUUAUGAUGCCGCUUUAUUUUAUGGUGGUUGGAAUUAGAGUUGAUGUUUUUAAUAUCCUACACUACAAACACGCUUGGGUUAUAGCAUUGGCAGUUACAACUAAAGUUUUAUGCACUCUCCUUAUUGGAUUCUUCUGUGAUGUAUCACUUGUCGAUGGCUUUCCUCUUGGGAUUCUUCUUAAUUCCAAGGGCUUCUUACCAUUAGUCCUACUUAUUAUUGGCCACGAACGAAGGAUCUUAAGUGGUGAAACAUAUACUGCUUUAUUCCUUAUAAUAUUAUUGUCAACAAUUGUGGUGGAACCUAUCAUGAGCGUGAUUUGUAAAAGAAUAAGGAAAACUAGUCAAUCUUAUGAUCAAAGGAAUCUACAAGGAGUCGAUCAAGUUUCUGAAAAACUUCGUCUAGUGACUUGCAUCCACAGUAUAAGAAAUAUUGCUAGCAUCAUAAACCUGUUGGAGAUAUCCAACAUUACGGUUCAACAACCAACAUCAAUUCAGGUUACUCAUCUUAUUGAGCUUGUAGGGCAUGCCCCUGCUAUGCUUGUUGAACAUGAAUCAGAAGAAUCCUUAUUUUGGAAUCUUAGUUCCAAGCUGUUCUGCUAUCGAGCAAGGACUGAAUCUGAUCGAUUAAUAAAGGAAUUUAAUGAAUACAAAGAUCAUCAUGAUAAUUCUACAUCUUCAUUAAAAGUUUUUACAAUUAUAUCUCAUAUUGAUACAAUGCAUGAAGAUAUUUGUAGUCUUGCUGAAGAUAAACAAGCAUCCCUUAUAAUCCUUCCCUAUCAUAAACAACAAGGGGUUGAUGGUAAGUUAGAGGAUACCAACAUGGAAUUCGGAGGUGUGAAUCAAAACGUUUUAAACAUGGCUCCUUGUUCUGUUGCCUUGUUUGUGGAUCGCGGACUUAGGAUGACUUCUAUAUCUUCUUCAUCCGAUUCUUAUAGUGAUGAUGAACAAGGUUGUGAAAAAAUUCAAAUUGCUAUGGUGUAUAUGGGUGGUCCUGAUGAUCGUGAAGCCUUGACCUAUGCUUGGAGGAUGGCAGGGCAUUCAUCUGUUAAUCUUACAGUCAUACGAUUUGUUGAAGGCGAUCAAGUUAUUAUCGUUGAUCAACCUGUAGACUAUUUAAAUUUAUCUUGUGGAGUUGAUGAAAUUGAGAAUCUUACUACAUCUGCACAAAAGGCAAAGGAUAUACAAGUUGACGACCAACUUUUGAUGGAUUUUCAAGAAAAGACUAGCUAUGAUAGAUCAAUAUGUUACCGCGAAGAGGUGGUCAAUUGUGCAGGAGAAAUAAUAGCUUUGUUGAGGGAAAUGCAUCACAAUUUUAAUUUGUAUAUAGUUGGAAAAAGACAAUCAAGAUUAUCUUCAAUAACAUUAGGUUUAGGUGGGUGGAGUGAGUGUAAAGAGUUGGGACCAAUAGGACACAUUUUAGUUACAUUUGAAUUCACCUCUACUGCAUCAGUACUUGUCAUGCAACAAUAUACUAAUGGAUUCAGCCAUAGAAAUUGUAUGGAUAAUAAGGAUAAUAAUGAAAAAGAAAAUGUCACUAUUAUCAGUUCUUAAAACCCAUGCAUCCCCAAAUAUUCUAGAUUUUAUUGUGAUUUGCA